CUGACGGCUGCCUCCGGACCGAGAUCUGCUUCUGACUCUGGACUCGGACAAAUGCUCGCCAGUGGCGGGUCCGGAUCAUGUACAAUGGAGAAUUCCAACUCUGACUCAGAUUUAAUUGGCAGCAGUUAUGUUCGAAUUACUAAACUAUGCUGUGAACAGGGUGGUGCAUAUCCUAGAAAAUAUUCACAAGUUAAGACAAAUUUAGAACUGGAUAUCUGCAAAAUCUGGUGCAGUAAGCCACUUCAUGUCCUUCGAGAUUAUUGUGAUGUCAUUAAAAUAUACAUCUUCUGGCCACUUCUUUUUCAACGUGAACAGACUCCUGUAGUAUCUCAAUUACAUCCUUGUAUAGAUAUCAGCUCUGGUACUUGUGAAUUAAGUUUGAAGAGACUACAGCAUAUUGAAUUGUUGGAAGAUAUUGUGGAUUUGGCAAAGAAAGUUGUGGAUGAUCAAUUUUUUAUUGGUGGCAUAUUGAGAAUUGGCUAUAAGAUAGAAAAUGAAAAUUGUAAUUGAAUGAGGAAAACUUCUUUGGAUAAGCCCAUUCACUUUCAG